CCUCCUCCUCCUCCUCCUUCCCUAGCAAUGGCGGUUGCGCAUUGCGCCGCCACCACCACCUCCUCCUUCGUCCCACUCUCUUACUCCACGUCUCCACCACCCAAAAAACUAGUGCUUUCACUCUCUUCCAUUUCCUCUCCAUUCCCAUCAAAACCCACAAGUAGAAAGAACUAUCUUCGCUUAAAGCUUCUCAAAACCCUAACUAAACCCUACCCCAAUCAUCUCCUUCCCCAAUCACCCCCCACAUCAAACCCCUUAAUUCCCCUCGAUUCCCCGGAAGAACAAAUCGAUGAGUCCGAGAUUCAGGAUUUUGAAAUCUCUGAAAAAUCGGGAACUUCUGGAGUUUUCAGUGACGAUUUGGGGAAAUUUUCGACUGGUUCAGUGAUUAAAGUUGGGUUGUAUUUGGUUGGGGCUUUUGUGUUUCAGACAAUUUGUGCUGUUUGGGUAUUUGGGUCGGCUGAUUCUGACUAUGAAGAUGGAAACUUGGAUAGUAAAGGUAAAACUAGUGUCUUGGAGUUGGGUUUAAAUGGUGAUAAUGAAGGUAAAUCAAGUGUUUUGUUGAAUGGAAGUGGAAAUUUGCUUAAUGCGGAAUUGGGUUUCGAACAAGGUGGAAUUGGGUAUGUGGGUGGCUCUGAAUUGGAAGAGAGAAUUGUUGAAAUUCAAGCAAUGGCAAGGGACGCGAGAGAGAGUGAGAGAUUGAAAUCGAAGGCCAAUGGUUUGGAUAAUGAUGGUGUUGUUAAAACUGGGAUUGAGAAGGAGGUGGAUAGCAGAUUAGUAAAGCUGAGGAAGAGGUUGCAGAACAGCAGUGAGAAGUUGUCGCCGGUGUUUCCUGUUAAUUUUUUAAUAAAGGAUAGUGAGGUUGAAGAUGGGGUUGAUGGAGGUAGUUUGGACCCAAAGGAUGUGAAUGACCCAUUGAUGUUCAAAAAGAAGUAUCAAUUUAGAAGUCCAUCAGCUAUUCUGCGUGAUAAACCCAAGGGGUUUCAGGGUUCAGAAGAUCAUAGAAGUCGUAGUUCAGCUAUUGAAGAUGAACCAAUAAGAGUUGGAAGCGUUGAUAAGGAUAGUGUUAAUUUGUUAGAUAAAGAACAACAGCUGGGUAGUGUUUCUUUGCCUUUAGAGGAAGAAAGGAAACCAUCAAAGGAAAAGUCCAAAUCUUUUCAAACUACAAGGAAGAAGUUGGGGAAAGAAAGGGCAAAAACAAGGCUGGGAAAGGAAAAUGGAGUUGCAAAACCUGAACCUGGGAUUGGGAAUGGCAUGGUAAGGAGCAGAGAAGUUGGAAGCAAAGGUGCAGCGGCCAAAGUCAAGGGCAAACAGUCAGAUGAUAAGGCUGAUUUGUGGUGGUUGACUCUUCCUUAUGUAAAUGCUAUUUUCAUGCGCAGAGGUCAUGAUGGUGAAGGACCAAAGGGACUAUUUACAUUGAAGACCACACCUUACACAAAGGACAGGGGUGACUCAUCUCAUAUUGUUGCUUUUCAAGACCGUGGUGAUGCUGCCAACUUCUGCCAUCUUCUGCAAUCCUUUUUUGAAGAUCUUGGCGAUUUUAGUGCCAACAUUGUUCCUUUGACAAUAAAAGAACUUGAUGAGGCAGUGAGAUCAGAUAACAAGAAGGUGGUUGUAGUGAAGAAAGGGCAACUCAAGCUUUAUGCUGGGCAACCACUUGAUGAAGUUGAGAUGGCCUUGUGCUCUUUAGUCAAAUGAAGUUGAAUUGCCUCUGCACCAGGAAUGAAAAAUGACAUGCAGAAGAUGCUGAUUGGACAACUUUCCUAGGGGUGACAAGUGGGAACCAUCCCCUUCACUGAAUUGAAUUCCUUUCCACAUCUAUUGGCAUUGAUGGAGCUUUGAGUCAACCAAAUGCAGUUGGGAUUAGGAUAUGCUGAGUUGAGCUGAUUGAAUUUUAACAAAAUUAACCAUGCAGAGAUUCCUUGUAAACACAAAAUAGUCUGCCGCAUUUAGUUAUAAAAGCCAUAUUGUAUCCGUUGUAUUGAUUUUCCGUUUCUUUUUGUUGUCUUUUUUCUUGUUUUAUACUUUUUUUUUUGUUUUUGUUUUUUAGAUUGAUGUUUCUCAGUUGCAUGUAUAGUUGAGCAGAAUACAUUCUUGUAAAUGCAAGAUUGGAAAAGGUGAUUAUUUUUAGCAAUUGUAUA